AUGUCUACUAUAAAAAGUAGUAACAAGAAUAAAAAGUCUGGCAGUCUCCGAGGUAUUAGUGCUUUCUUCUUUCUUUCUACAGGUCAUUGUGCAGAACAAUCCAUACAAUUGGAGACCACGGAGCAAUUAAAUCAGUCGAAAGUUUCAGAAUUUAUUUUGCUGGGACUGACCAGUUCCCAGGAUAUACAAUUUCUUCUCGUUGUGCUUGUCUCAGUUAUCUAUAUGGCCACAGUUUGGGGUAACCUUGUCAUUGUCGUUACAGAGUUUUACAUCCCAAACCUGAAGACUCCCAUGCACUUUCUCCUGGGGAACCUCUCCUUUGUGGACAUGAUCCUUGCUUCAUUGGUCAGCCCUAAGAUAAUUGUGAACUUUGUAAAAAAGCACAAGACCAUUUCCUUUGCUGAAUGCUUCACACAGAUCUUUCUCCUCCACUUAUUGGGUAGAGUCGAAAUGGUGCUUUUAGUUUCCAUGGCUUAUGACAGAUACGUGGCUAUUUGUAAGCCACUACAUUACACGACCAUCAUGUACAAGAAGGUGUGCCUUUUGCUGAUAGUGAUAUGGUUCUUAGGUCUCCUUCACUCGGGGCUUCAGAUACCUUUUGUUGUGAACUUGCCUUUCUGUGGUUCCAACGUAGUAGACAGCAUUUUCUGUGAUCUCCCCCUGGUUGCUAAGCUUGCCUGCAUAGAUUCUUAUAUUGUACAGAUAGUCAUUGUGGCCAACAGUGGAAUGACCUCUCUGAGCUGUUUCAUCAUUUUGCUUAUUUCCUACAGUCUGAUUCUCAUAACGAUUAGGAGCCAUUCUUCUGCUGGGCAGUCCAAAGCCCAUUCCACUUUGAGUGCUCACAUCACAGUGGUGGUUCUUUCCUUUGGCCCAUGCAUCUUCAUCUAUAUCUGGCCCUUCAGCAACCACUCUGUGGAUAAGUUUCUUGCAGUAUUUUACACUGUUAUCACCCCUAUCUUGAACCCAAUUAUCUAUACUCUGCGAAACAAAGAAAUGAAGACAGCCAUGAAGAAAUUCUGGGGUGCUUUUGUGAGUUCUAGACAUGAUACUUAG